CUAGGGCAACCUUCCUUUAGCGUGUUCCCGACUCUCGGCAGCAGCAGGGCGGCCUGCGCACGCUUGCGUUCACCGCAUACACGACGUUCUUGUGUGUUGUCCCUCCGUGCCCGUCGUCUACCAUCGCUGUGACAGCGUGCCCAGCGUCGAGCAGUUCGCGAUACUGUUGGGCGCCUAAUUUACAUACCAUAGCUCCCGGACUGAAAUAGAAUCCGCCGCCACACCAACCAUUCGGCCCACUUUCUCUCCCCUUUCCCCCUCUCCUCUUCCUUCGGUGUCCUUCUCCCUCUCUUAUUCGGAACCUGCCCCCUCCUCACCCCGAGACCCUUCCACCAGUUCUCUACAACCACCAGUAACGACGUGUGACGUGUCUUGAUUCCUACCGGCCCUCGUCGCCGUCCUCUCCCAUCCUUUCUCUGUGGAUUGACGUGGCCCGCGACAGAGACGCUGCAGUCGUCGGCAAGGCAAGGCAGGCAUCAUGAGGACGCCCCUUCUGCUUCUCUGGGUCGUGGUGGCGCUGGCCGUCAUCCUGCCGGUCGUCCGCGGACAGAGGAGCCGCGGACAGAGCCAGGCACGUAGACCCAGCACCGAGGCGCCGGCCUACGACGACUACUACUACGACGAAGAGGGCGCCGACGAAGAGGCCGCCUCCAAGAAGCCCGACAAGUCUUCGUCGUCCCAAAGCCCGUCGCGUGGCUCGAGCGGAAGCAGCGGAAGCUCGCGCGGGGCCAAGUCGGAGCCUCCGUCCGACGAAGACUACGAUGCACCACCACCGUCGUCCAAGUCGUCGUCUUCCUCGUCAACGGCUAAGCCUUCAUCAUCGUCUUCCUCUAAAUACAAGUCGGGAUCGAGUACCGAUGUCAAGCCGCCGGCACCCGCUGGACCAUCCGACCCUGCAGGAGAUUCCGGAGCCGAGGAACCACCUCCGAAGAAGGGACCCGUUUCACCCUCGGCGUUGUUUCUCGCUCCGCGCAAGAACAGGCUGCCCCGCCCCAACGUUCACUUCGCAGCCAGGCCUCGGCCUACACUUCCGAGCUUCAUCAAGCACCCACCUCCGUUGGGCGCCAUAUCAACCACAGUGACGCCCAAACCUCGCUCAGGGGCUGUCGCAGUCACUGAGGAACCAAAGAUCUCCCGCUCCACGGCCAAGCCGAAGAGCUCUUCAGCGUCCUCUAAGCGGGGUAGUUCUGGCUUCAGCGGGGGAGCGGCUGGAAGGAAACGUGACCGCAGCACGACAGAAUCCCCAGCUUCGACCGACGGUGACCGGAGUAACAGGAGGUUCGGUGGUAACGGCAAGAAGAACACGGCCAGGCCCAGGUUUCGCGCCGGAAGCACCGCUUAAGCUGUGAAGAGUCAGAUUACACUCACUGCCUGAAGAGUUAGCUGAGCGCUCUUCGUUUUUUGCCUCAUGAUGCCAGCCAGCCGGGAGAAGGAGUUUACACUCUAUUUGGGGGAGGGGGGAUCACAUCGACGACUGCCCAGUCGACGUUUCUGUUCAUAUUUUUUUUUUCUUUCCUGUCGCAUGGUCUUCGACUGUCUGUGUGUGCCCACUACGUGAAGAAGAGUUUCUGGGAAUGGCCCGAGUUCCAGCCUAGCGAGGGAUUGCUUGCGUGCGUCGUCGUGGUGACACGGAUACACGUUAGCCAAUAAAUGCGUUGCAGCCGUGUUCCUUUAAUCACGACAUUGACAUCAGAUUUUAAUGGAUGUCGUGAUGCGAGCGUCUUUGCACGUGCCUUCACAGUGCGACCGUUUUGAUGUAGCAAUGUGAAUUAUUUUUUUAUAUGAACGUGGAACAUAUUAGGUCGUUCAGCUCAUUACGAAAGCAUACAUGUUUUGCAUCUGCCCCAGCAUGCCUGUGCGCACGUCUGUAGCUUUUUUUUUCUUUUCUGGAGGGAUUCAUCUUUCUACAAACAGAGGUCGUUUUAUGUGAAAGCGUCUUUUUCUUUUUCAGAGAUAGCAUUUCCGUUUGUAGUACUUUUUUUCUGCGUUUCAUUAAAACUUAAAAUAUCGACACAA